AUGCAAGAAAAGUUCACAGAAAAAAUGGAGCAGUUGCAUACUGCAUAUCCGAAAAUGGGCAAAAGGUGUCAAAUGAUGGAACAAGAAAUUCAAAACUUAUCCAAAGAUAAACAAGAACUCCAAGAAAAUUUUUCUGAGAAAUCUAGGCAAAAGAGAAAACUGGAUGAGAUGUAUGACCAAUUGAGAAGUGAGUAUGAGUCGGUCAAACGGUCAGCCAUUCAACCUGCAAACAACUUCUUCUCAAGGGGUGGUGAUUCUGAUCUGUUUGCUAGUCCUGCUAACAUGAUGGAUAACAGAGAUUCCAUGAGGAAAGGUUUCCCGGAUUCUUCGGUUGCAACUGGCACCGGAUUCAUCCUGAGAUUGGUCUUUGCUACUGUUUAUUUGUCAUUGAAUAAAGGUGGAAAUGAUAAUGAUGUAUCAUCUGCAUCAAGGCUUUUGUCAUUGCGCACCCAUUUCUCUACAAAAAUGAUACGUAGAUAUGGAUCAUUGCAGCAUAUAAAAAAUGGAAGUAUUACAGACAUGGAAGAUUCUCUUCCUUUGCUUUUAGCAGAUAAAGAACGUAGUGAAACUGAAAAUUCAAAAAAACUCGAGGAAAUGGCCCACUUGCUGGAAAUCAUAAGAAACGUGCAACGUCGUCUUGCUACCAAAUUCAAAAAAAUCUGUUACACGAAUGGGGGACAGUUUGAAGCCAUUGGAAUUUAUGGAUCGUGA